AUGGUGGAAAUGAAGAUAGAUCAGAAUGAUCCAUUAUACAUUGGAAAUUCUGAUAGUUCAAGUAUUGUAGAUCAGAAUGAUCCAUUAUACAUUGGAAAUUCUGAUAGUUCAAGUAUUGUGUUGAUUCCAAUCAAACUAAUUGGAUCUGAAAAUUAUGGAGUUUGGAGUAGGGCAAUGAGGAUUGCAUUAAUAGGGAAGAGGAAGUAUGGUUUUGUAACUGGUGCCUGCACUAGAGCUUUGUACAAAGAUGAACUGCAUGAGCAAUGGGAAACUUGCAAUGCAAUUGUGUUGUCUUGGCUGAUGAACACAGUCAGUAAAGAGCUCCUUAGUGGUAUUGUAUAUGCCACAAAUUCUUUCUCAGUGUGGAAUGAUCUAAAGGAAAGAUUUGACAAGGUGAAUAGAGUAAGGAUCUAUCAAUUACAUAGAGAUAUCACCACUCUUUCACAAGGAACAGAUACUGUUUCUCAUUACUUCUCAAAGUUAAAAACAUUAUGGAAUGAGUAUGAUGCUAUAGUUCCAAAUCCGUGUAGUACUUGUUCUCAAUCGAAGGAGUACAAUGAUCAUUUGGAGCAGAUGAGAUUGAUUCAAUUCUUAAGUGGCCUGAAUGAGUCAUGUGAUCAGGCUAGGAGACAGAUACUACUUAAAGGAACUACACCAUCUAUGAAUCAAGCUUAUGCUAUGAUUAUAGAGGAUGAGAUUCAACACUCAAGUUAUAUGGAUAAUGUAGUUGAAAAACCAAGUUCAAUGGUGAUGAGUGUUAACAGGAAUCAAGGAGUAGGAAAGGAACACUACAAAGGAAAGAAAUGUGAUUAUUGUCAUUUUCUGGUCACACAAAGGAUAAUUGCUACAAGCUGA